AUUUUAUUUUUCUUUAUUAUUAAAAUUUUACUAUGGUGGAUACAACUUCUUCCCUAGUAAAACGAAGAAAAAUUUCUCAAAAGACUGCUUUAUCAGAUAAAGCAUCUCGAUAUCCUAUUAGUCUACAUUUUUCAGCUUUAAUAUAUAAACAAGCACCUACCUCAAUCUCUAUUUCUCCACAGAGUAUCUUGACCUGUGCACCUAUUCCACCCAACCCGACUGAAUUUAACGUUAUUGAUGGUGAUAUCUUUAGUUUGAAUGGAUCUAUUCGUAAAGUGCAUGUCAAACUAUUGGAAGAUUAUCACAAACAACAUACAAUCACUCAUCUAAAAUGGAAUCAAAAAGGAAAUGUUCUCGCGUCUGCAGAUGAAAGCGGUCAUUUAGCUCUAUGGCAGAUUAAAAGUUCAAUCCAUGAUUGGGAAUUAAUUUAUAAAGUAGACAUUAAACAACCUUUGGCAGCAUUCCUUUGGUUAAAUUCUGAACGUCAGUAUUCAGCACAGUCUAAAAACACAUUAAGCCGUGAUCCUAUCUUUGGGCCUCGUAAUCCUUAUGGACAACUCGGAUUCAUUACAGUUACAGUGCAUGGUGAAAUCACAGUUCAUUAUCAAAGAAAUGGUUCCUUGUUUUCUAGUUUUUCAACACCAAUACCAAAUAUUGGAAGACGUGAAAUUAGUCGAGCCGAUGCUGGAUGUUUCGGCAUGUCUCUUGCUGGACUGGAUGACUGGGAAAGAAUCUCACAUGCAGACAUUACCUUGGACAGGGAUGGGUUGAUUAUUCUUGCUAUACAUAAUGCUUCAAUUCAACCAAAAUCAAUAUCACUUCAUAAAAUUAAAAUAAAGUUUCCAAAGAGAUCAAAUGAAAAGGGAGCUAUAGAAUGUAGACCAACAACAACACUAAAAUUACAGCCCCAUCAUAACCUACUUAAGGAUAACCAUAUUACUCAGCUUGUCUUCAAAAAGAAUACUUUACCAGUUGAACUUGUCAUUGGAUUAGGAGAGAAAGGAGAUAAAUAUCAAUCGUUUAUUUCAACUUGGCAAUUGAAAAAAACAAAGCAAGUAAUUUCGAAUAAUACAUUUGGGAAUAUUACGAGUGAACGAGAAUGUUUAUUGUACAAGUCAGGGACAAGAAUUGAAGGACGAUAUAUAGCAGCACUUCAAUCAUCAAAUACAUCCAAGAUGAUUGUUGGACUCUCUGAUGGAAGUAUUUAUAUAGAGAAAGAGACUUCAUCAUUAACGAACAGUAUAGAUGAUCCCAACUCAUAUUGGAAAGUAGUUGAUUCUCAUAAGAUGAGUGAUGGCUAUGUAGAUCCUAUUGUAGAUUUGAGUCUAUCACCCAACGAAACUCAUAUAGUCUAUACAUUUUCAUCCGGAAAUCUUGGUGUUUCUAGAAUUGUAGAUGACACAGUAAUAGAUGUGAGUGAAGUUAGCUGUAAAUUAAAGCUAUGCUUAUUAAAUAAUGUGGAUUAUCUUGACUUGAUAUCUGUAAUUAUUUAUUUAAGUAAGCAAGAAGGCUAUGCAGAUAAACCAGAAGAAAUUUUAAACGAUGUAUUAAAUAUGUACGAAGCUUAUUAUUACAAUUGUAUGAAUCUUAAUGGUAAUUUAGAAUCAAAUCAACCUCUUGAAAACUGGAGCCUUGCACACUUGGAAAAGGCAUAUUCUAUUGCAAUGGCGGUUUAUAAACGAUUACCAGAGAGAGAAGUUCAGAGUAUUAAUCUUUCAAGGGCUGUUCAGUUACCAAUUAUCCUGGAGACCUUUUUAAAUAAUUGUACUCUAAGCUAUUCAGAUAUUAUGAACAUAUUGGAAAAGAAGUCAAUUGAUGAUGAUCAUGUUCAGCUAGAAUUUUAUGCAAAUAGUUUAUGGACACUCGCAUCGUUAUCUACUUGGACCUUAGAUUAUUUGAAAUGGAUCCUAAAAGAAUGGAAUAUGUUAUUUAACUAUAAAAGACCGAAAAAUUCAAAGUAUAAUAAUAUAAGUGAAAAGCCAGUACAUGCAGUAUUAUUACUUCAUCAAGAUUCAAGGAUUGUAUUAUGUAAAAUAUUAAAAAUGAUUCACCAUUUUAUUAGAUAUACAACUACUGCCACUUAUCAAUUAGAAAAAUCACCAGAAUCACAGCCUUUAUUACAAAAAUAUACAUCCACUUUAUUAAAUAAUGGGAUUAUUUCCCUUGAAGAAAUCAUACAUUUUCUAAAUGCAUUAGAAGUGAUAAAGCCAAUCAAUACUGACACAAUAAUAGAAAAUCGAUGGUCAAUAUUAUUAACAUCCAAUUUGAAGAAAUACAAAAUAGAAGAUAUACAAAAGAUUACUAAUGAAUACAAGGAUAAAUGUGUUAAGCCUUCGAUUUAUAUUGAUACUCAAGAACCAAAUACGUUAGAUAUUGUUUGUAAAAGAAUGGGUAUACACUGUAUAAUGUAAAUAAAAUGCGUAUAUCUAUCUUGACUCCUUCCUCCACUUUAAACCAUCAAAUAUCGAUAAUACUUGAUAUACACUUUCUUUCUUUCUUUAUAUGUCAUAAGUUGUUGUUAAAGCUAGUAUUAUUUUACUCGUUUUUUUAUGUAGAAAAAAAUACAUAG